CGAUGAGCUUGACAGGCCACGUCAUUGCAAUCACGGGAAAGCUCUCUCUGGGCACGCGCGCCGACGUCCAGUCGCUCGUGGAGGCGAACGGUGGCGUCUUCGCGACCGCCGUCACGAAGGAGGUCACGCACCUCGUCACAAACGACCCGACGGCCAAGUCGACCAAGCUCGAGACGGCGCGGAAGCGAGGCAUUACCGUCGUCGGCGAAGAUUUCCUCCCGACCGCCAAGCGACACAAGGCGACGGCGGUCGCGUAUCACGCUGCGUGCCUCGCAAACAUGGUGUUUUACUUCCACGGGCCGCCCGGCGCCGUCACCAAGGACGACUGCGUCCGGUUUCUUCUCGAGCACGGCGGUGCGCACGUCGCGCAGCACGAUGCAACAGUCACCCACAUUGUCUCCUCCAAACCCCCCAUCUCGGAUCUCGCGACCGGCGACGCGACGACCGUCACGUAUGAUUUUUUCUCGACGCUCAUGGCCGCGCAAUACGAAGCCCUCUUUGGCGAUGACGCGCCGUCCGAGACGCCGACGCCCAAGCGUGUUUUGGCCGAAGGCGAUGCGGUCGAGAUCCAAGGCGGGCACGGCACGUACGAAGUGCGUCUGCGCAACGGCGUCUACUACUGCACGUGCAUGGCGUGGAAGAUGCAGCACCAAGCGGGUGCGAUUCGCACGUGCAAACAUCUGCGCGAGGUGCUUGGCGACGCGUUCGAGGCCUGGCGCACCCAAGGCUGCCUGCCGACGACGGGUUCCAAAUCCAAAAGCAACUCGUCGCCAAUCAAGAAAGGGCCCGCGCCCAAGGUACUCCUCGCGCAGAAGUACGAAGACGGGAAUGACAUCACUGGGUGGUUCAUGAGCGAGAAAUUCGACGGCGUCCGCGGCUACUGGAACGGGUCGACGUUUCUGAGUCGGCUUGGGAACCCGUUUCCAGCCCCCGCGUACUUUACGCAGCACCUCCCAAAGGACCAGCACCUCGACGGCGAGCUCUUCCUUGGGCGCAAGCAGUUCGAAGCCACGAUCAGCAUCGUCAAGAACGGCCACCCAGACAACGCGAAGAACUGGGCGUCGCUCACGUUCAUGGUGUUUGAUAUCCCGAGCCUGAAGGACCAGCCGUUCGAAGCGCGCUACGAAUACCUCCGCACGCACUUGGCCAAGACGCCGUAUGUGACGGUCGUCGACCACGUCGCGUGCGCGUCCGUUGCCGCCAUGACGACCGAGCUCGCGCGCGUCGAGGCGCUCGGUGCGGAAGGGCUCAUGCUGCGCCAGCCAGGCUCCAAGUACGUCGGCGCGCGCUCGACGUCGCUCCUUAAAGUCAAGAGCUUCUCGGACGACGAGGCCAAAAUCGUCGGCUACGAGCCCGGCCAAGGCAAGCACAAGGGCCGCACAGGCAGCUUGAAAUGUGUGAGUCGAUCGGGCAAGAGCUUCAAGGUCGGAUCCGGCCUCAACGACAAGCUGCGCGAGCACCCGCCUGCGAUUGGCACGAUCAUCACAUAUCGGUUCCAAGAGCUCACGGCCGCCGGCAUCCCGCGCUUUCCUACCUACGUCGGCAUUGCCAUCGACAAGGAAUGGACCGACUAGAGAUUGACAGAACAUUUAAUUAAACGAACUAAACUUUGAUGACAC